AUGUCAGGCUGGGCCUCAAAACUUGCCAAUACUCCGCCAUCGAAUACGAAAAAGAAACAGCAACCUCAACAAUUCCAAUCGCUGGUGAAAAAGAACAAAGAUGAAGGCAGCGCCAGUGGAUCUCAUGGCAAUGUCAAUGCUAUAAAUCAGUCUAAUUUCAACUCCACUGAAAUAAUCGAAUAUCUUCAUCGCAACUUCCAAAAAAAUCUUGCCAAUUCAAACACCCUGAACGAUACACUAGUCUACAAAUCUUUAGAAAGCAAUUCGCAGUGGAAAACGAAGUCGGUAGUUAACAAGAAGGCCAGCAAUACAAAGUAUAACCCCAAAGCAGUUAUAAGACAAGAGCAUAAGCUGAAUAGCUUGGAUUUAUUGUUUGAGCUUAACAGGUCUGUGUAUCAGCAGCAGCAACAGCAGCAACAACAGACACUGCAACAGCAACCGCACCUGCAGCAAGCACAACCGCAAGCACAGGGUCAAAGAUACAAAGGAAACUAA